CUUCCAUAUACCAAUUCCCUCAACCAUGCACUUCCUUCGCUGUUUCCACUCUCGCUCUCGUCUCGGCCAUGGCUGUUUUCGCUGCCAGCACGCCGGAUACUCCUGGGGGCUCUGCUCCUGCUCAAGGAUCAGCUGAUGCUCAGGGCCCUCUUGGUCGUCGUGCCAGCCCUGCGCCUAUCCCGGCUCCGGGAUCAGCCGGCUCUAUGCCUGGACCAGCCGGCUCUAUGCCUGCACCAGCCGGCUCUAUGCCUGCACCGGCUGCCCCAGCUAUAGCUCCCCAGUCUCCUGGACAUUAAGUGCGUAGCACG